CUGCGUCGUCGACAAACGUGUCCCCUGUCCUCCUCCGAUCUGAGGUCGUCCACAUCGACGAAGACGACCUCAGAUCGGAUCUCGCUCCUUUCUAUCUCCUCUGGUUUCUGCCAGUCUGCAUCGUCUCUGCCGAUCUGAAUCCGUCGUCCCGCUGCGAUUCCGCCGCCCAAACGCGCUCAUUUUACGCCUGUGUAAGGCUCUGCCAAGCGUCACUGCGCCUGCACUCGCGCGUGGGUCCCGCGCAAUCCUCUCGCCCCCUAACCAUAGUCGCUCCUUGUCCCGGCUUGUUUGUGCCACAUUUUUUCUUCUGGAAACCGUUUUCUUGCUCUCCCUCUCCCUUCUUGUCAUGUCGGACGAGAAGAAGCGCGACGACUAUACCCUCGACAUUGCCGACGACAACGACUCGUCCUCUUCCCCAGCCCACCGCCCAGCCAGAUUCGAAGCCAUGGCGCCCUCGCGGUCUCCGUACGCCUCGUCCGCGUCCCUCGCGAACUCCCCCAUGCUCUCGAUUCUCUCGUACUGCGCCAGCAGCAUCUUGAUGACCUGCACCAACAAAUACAUCUUGGGCGGCAUAGAUUACAACUUGAAUUUCUUCCUGCUGUGUGUUCAGUCCGUGGUAUGCGUGGUCGUGAUCGAGGCCUGCAAACGAGGCGGUCUAAUCACAUACCGAGACUUCAACGCGGAUGAGGCGAAGAAAUGGUUCCCCAUCUCUCUCCUCCUUAUCGCCAUGAUCUACACGGCGACGUGGGCCAUCAAGUAUCUCUCCGUGCCCGUGUACACCAUCUUCAAGAACCUGACCAUCAUCCUCAUUGCUUACGGCGAGGUGCUCUGGUUUGGCGGCAGCGUGACCAACAUGGCCCUCCUGUCGUUCGGCCUCAUCGUCCUCUCCUCCGUCAUUGCGGCUUGGUCGGACAUUCAGCACGCUUUGGCAACGCACGGCCACAGCGGCGAGAAGACCAGCGAGGCUAUCAGUACCCUGAACGCGGGCUACAUUUGGAUGUUGGUCAAUUGCCUGUGCACGGCAACGUACGUGCUCAGCAUGCGCAAGCGCAUCAAGCUCACGAACUUCAAGGACUUUGACACCAUGUUCUACAACAACCUGCUCACCAUUCCCAUUCUUCUCGCCGCCUCCUUGAUCCUUGAAGACUGGUCGUCCGAAAACCUGGCCAAGAACUUCCCACCCGCCUCUCGCAACGCCAUCAUCUCGGCCAUGAUCUUCUCAGGUCUCAGCACCGUCUUCAUCUCGUACACGUCGGCCUGGUGCGUGCGUGUCACUUCGUCGACCACGUACUCGAUGGUGGGUGCUCUGAACAAGCUGCCCAUCGCCAUUUCCGGCCUCAUCUUCUUCGACGCCCCUGUCACCUUUGGCAGCGUCAGCGCCAUUUUCGUCGGCUUCGUAUCCGGGUUGGUAUAUGCCUGGGCCAAGAUCAGACAGAACAGUAAGCCAAAGGACAGUCUGCCUACCACAAACCCGAUCGUGAGUGCCUCAAGCCAGAGCAUGAAGGACAGCUUGAAAGCGUAGACCACGCCCGCCUCGAGAUGUUGCACUGGACUGAUGUCGGAAUUGGAGCGGAUGUGGGAAGAGGGGCGGCGAUGCCAUUUAACUUCCUGCCAAUUAAAUGUUCACACUAGAUUCUGUAAUAGGUUGAAAGAGGUAGAAAGCAAAAAAAAAGACAAGACGAGGCUUGUGCUUGACGGCAAGAGAUGAAAUGGGCAGAGGAUGAGCACAAGAACGACAACGGAAAAAGGACGGCCCCCUCCCCCCCUUUCAAGACCAAGAGGCGCAACGGCUGGAACGGAAUCUGCGCACACGGAAAGCAACGUGCGUACGGACGGACUACUACCACAUUUUUCUCUGUUAAUCAUGGUUGCUUGUAAUACAGCCUAGUCAACGGGCCAACUAGAAGGGCGCCACUCAAAGUCGUGCGCGUCCCCUACCCCGGCGCAGGCCGUUUCCUUUCUACUCGGAAAGUAGACGUCGCGGCACGCGUCCUAUUUAACAGGUACGCAGCCGCGCGCAUUGCAUGGCACGCGAAAUUCUUUCAAUAUUUUUUUUCUCCUUCUGGAGGGGGAGGGCGGUAAAGGGCUGUCUUUUGUUUGCUUGUUUGACUUGUUUUCGCCAUCGUCUUGGGUAGAUUGUACGAAUAAUCGAGAAUCCUUUUUGAAGCAUCCCGGACCGAAUAUCUGAGGUCUCUUGUGUGGCACUUUUUCUUUUUCAAUUGAGCUCGUUCUGGGAACUGACACUGUGGAGGGACGCGGCGGGGAGAGCGAGCGAGCGAGGAGAGAGGACUGAACAGAGAGCCUGGGGAAACGAGCGAGAAAGUAGUACUUGUCAGAGACCACGCGAGCUCAAGACGCCGAUCACAAUCGUACACUGUGCGGAGGUGCGCUACUCUAUCGAUAUGAUCAUUUCAUUCACUACUGCUCAGCAUACAUGA